UCCAUCCUACUUCAUCGUCUCUCAGGCUACCAUUCGUCUCACUUAAUAGCAGAAACAGUUGCAAAAUGGCGGACGAAGUGGCGCUAGAUUUAGAGGAACUUCGCCAUCUUCAAAGCAUUGUUAAGAGGCCUCGGAUUCUUUCCCUUCUCUCCUCCGAAAUUCGCAACUUGGAGAAGUCGUCAAAAGAUGCGUCUUCCGGAGCUACUUCACAUACACCAACUCCAAUUCCAGUUCCAGUCAAGGUGUCUGCAACCCCUGCAAUUAACUAUGUUACUCUUGGAUCAUUCAGCUGGGAUCAAGACAGUGACAAAGUCAAGAUUUAUGUGUUGUUGGAAGGAGUGGAUCAAGAGAAACUGGAGAGUUCAUUUAAGCCAAUGGCUUUUGAUAUAAAAUUCCAUGAUGUCCAAGGGAAGAACUACCGUUGUGGCAUGCCGAAACUGCAUAAGGAAAUAGUUCCAGAGAAGUCAAAGGUGAUCGUUAAGCCAAACAAGGUUAUAAUCACGUUGAUUAAAGCUUCAAAAGGAAACUGGCUCGAUUUGCAGUACAAGGAAGAUAAGCUGAAGCCGAAUAUGGAGAAAGAUCGCGAUCCCAUGGCAGGAAUAAUGGAUUUGAUGAAGAACAUGUACGAGGAAGGGGAUGAAGACAUGAAGCGGACCAUCGCAAAAGCUUGGACAGAUGCAAGAUCUGGGAAAACAGCUGAUCCUAUGAGAGGUUACCCUUGAGCUAUUACCGAUGGCAGCUGGAAAUGGAAAAAUUGUCCAAAUUUUUUUUUUUU